CGGAAACAUGGCCGACGAGGCGCAGGCUUUUGAGGGGAUUCUCACGGCGCUAUCGAGCCCAGAUAAUACAAUCAGAUCUCGUGCUGAGGAAGAAUAUGAAGCCAUUCCACUCAUACAGAAGAUAGAACUACUCCGUGCAUCACUUCUGAGGAGCACACAAUGUUCACUAGAGCAAAGGAGUUUGGCGGCUGUGCUACUGCGACGAGUCUUCACAACCAUGUCCGAGGAGUCUUGGAACAAAAUCCCUGUCCCCAUCCAGAAGGCGACAAAGGAAGAACUCCUCCAAGUGAUCCAGACUGAACCGAAUCUGAGUCUACGGAAAAAGAUAUGUGAUGUGGUGGCCGAGUUGACCAGGAACAUGUUGGAUGAUGAUGGUAACCAACGCUGGCCGGAUGUCCUCAAGUUUCUUUACGCAUGCAAUAGUUCCCAGGAUGCUGGAUUACGCGAGUGUGCUUUACACAUCUUCAGCUCUGUACCUGGUUUAUUUGGCAACCAGCAGAAUGAAUACAAAUCCGUCAUCAAGGAAAUGUUGUAUAGCUGUCUGAAUUUUAGCGAUAGUGCUAGCGUCAGGUUUGAGGCAGUGCGAGCAACGACGUGUUUCUUGGUGGCAAAUGAAGAUGAUGUGCAAGGCAUGGCCCCAUUCCGGGACCUCAUGAAACAAAUUGUUGAUGUCACCGCAGAAAACAUCAAAGCAAAAGACGAUGAUUCACUCCUGAAAUGUCUCGUAGAUCUCGCAGAGUCGAUGCCGAAAUUUCUCCGCAAUUGCUUAAACGACAUAAUCGAGCUAUGUCUGCAAUGUAUGACGAAUUCAGAGCUGGAGAUGUCACACCGGCAUCUUGCGUUAGAGGUCAUGGUCACUUUGUCGGAGACCGCCUCGGCGAUGAUCAGGAAACACCCGACGUACACACACCGUUUAGUGCCCGAGGUGCUCGCAUUCAUGGUCGACCUCGAUGAUGAUGAAGACUGGGCGACAGCUGAUGAUGUCGAAGAUGAAGAUAAUGAAAGCAAUGCCAUUACGGGUGAGAGCGCCCUAGAUCGCUUGGCGUGUGGCCUGGGAGGGAAGACUAUCCUUCCCCACAUCAUCAGUACAGUCCCACAAAUGUUACAGAAUCCUGACUGGCGAUAUCGGCACGCAGCCCUGAUGGCGAUUUCCGCAUGUGGGGAAGGUUGUCACAAGCAGAUGCAGGAUUUGUUAGGAUCAAUCAUCGACACUGUUAUUCCAUUUCUCAUGGACCCACACCCACGAGUGCGGUACGCCUGCUGCAAUGCCCUCGGACAGAUGUCGACAGAUUUUGGUCCUAUGCUGCAGAAGAACUUCCAUGCUAAGGUUGUGCCUGGUCUUAUCCGAGUGAUGGAUGAUCCUACUCCGCGUGUUCAGGCCCAUGCGGGUGCUGCGCUGGUCAACUUCAGUGAGGACUGUCCUAAGGCCGUCAUGGCCGCCUAUCUCGACCUGAUCAUCACAAAGCUGGAGGCGAUACUCAACCACAAGAUACGAGAGCUCUUGGUGCAAGGGACCAAGUUGGUCUUGGAGCAGGUUGUGACAACCUUGGCGUCAGUCGCGGACACGGCUGAGGAGAGGUUUAUCCAUCAUUACGACCGGUUUAUGCCGUCACUGAAAUACAUCGUACAGAACGCCACCUCGGAGGAUUAUAAGCUUCUGCGCGGGAAGACGAUAGAGUGUAUAAGUUUGAUUGGCUUAGCAGUCGGGAAGGAAAAGUUUAUGCCAGAUGCGAGCGAGGUGAUGCAGCUCCUUCUAAAAACACAAGUAGCAGACGUCGGUGAGGAUGGAGAAAUGUCCGAGGACGAUCCACAGAUGUCGUACAUGAUCUCAGCGUGGGCUAGGAUGUGUAAGAUCAUGGGACAGGAGUUUGAGCAGUUCCUGCCAUUGGUUAUGCCAUCUGUUCUGAAGGCUGCUUCCAUCAAACCUGAGGUGGCUCUAGUAGACACUGAAGAUGUAAAAGCGAUGGAAAAUGACGCAGAAUGGCAAUUCGUCACGCUCGGCGACCAGCAGAAGUUUGGUAUCCGGACGGCCGGCCUUGAUGAGAAGGCGACAGCUUGUCAGAUGUUAGUGUGCUAUGCUCGAGAGUUGAAGACCAAGUUUGCCGAUUAUACAGAGCAGGUCGUACAACUGAUGGUGCCGUUACUUAAGUUCUACUUCCACGAUGUUGUCCGAAUAGCUGCCGCGGAAAGUCUGCCCUACCUAAUUGACUGCGCUCGUAUUCGUGGAGACCAGUACUUGGCAGAGAUGUGGGCGUUUAUUGCCCCAAACCUUCUGAAAGCCGUCGAAACAGAGCCAGAGAACGACAUACUUGGAGAAAUCAUGCAUUCUUUAGCAAAGUGUAUCGAGAACAUGGGUAAUGGUUGCCUGACGGCAGAACAGCUGGUGGAGCUGAUGAGAGUGUUGGACAAAAUCAUCAAGGAGCACUUCCAGAAACAGGCUGAGAGACAAGAGCAACGUAAAGAUGAAGACUAUGAUGAAGUCGUCGAGGAGAACUUGAUGAAUGAAGAUGACGAAGAUAUCUACACCCUGAGUAAAAUAUCAGACGUGAUCCACGCGUUGUUUGGCACGUAUAAGGAGGCUUUUCUACCGUAUUUUGAGCUCCUUAUACCACACUUCACGAAAUUAGUCGGACAUGAACAGCCGUGGCCAGAUCGACAGUGGGGCUUGUGUAUAUGGGAUGAUGUUUUAGAGUUUGCCGGACCGCAUUCAGUGAAAUAUAGAGAAUUUUUUGUGCCACACAUGCAACAAUAUAUCUGUGAUAAACAGCCGGAGGUCCGACAAGCUGCCGCGUAUGGAAUAGGAGUAAUGGCCGUCAAUGGUGGCCAGGAGUACGCACAGUUCUUAGCCGAAUGUAUGCAAGCGCUGGGAAACGUGAUCCAGGAUCCAGAGGCCCGAUCACCCGAGAACAUAAACCCAACAGAAAAUGCCAUUGCAGCUGUCUCGAAAAUCUUAAAACAUAACCAUGGCAACAUAGACGUUAAUGAAGUUUUACCACAUUGGUUGUCGUGGUUACCAGUUUGGGAAGAUGCUGACGAGUCGGUACAUAUUUACAACUAUUUCUGUGAUUUAGUCGAAGCUAACCACCCUGUGUUAUUAGGUGAAAACAAUUCAAAUGUACCGCGAAUCCUGGCAAUCAUCGCUGAGGCCCUGCACCGAGAAGUGUUCCCAACUGACGAGCCGUUAUACACGCGGAUAGGAAACAUAGUCCGACAAGUUCAGACUAACACCGGGAUGUUCACCGCCUGCAUCCAGCAGCUGUCUCCAGAGCAACAGCAAGCGUUGUCGAUUUUGGUUCAGCAGCAGUAGAUGGUGCUGCCAUUGGACGACGAACAUUAUUUAAAACUUGAUGAAUAAUCACUUUAUGGACUUCUAUCUCAUACUACUAAUGGAUGCAUGGUUCAAGAUCGAAAAUGAUGUCAGCAGGUUUUUUGAAUAUUAUUGGAUAUUAUAUUGAUACGAUGUCGGACUAUUUAUUGAGCCAUGUCAUGUUGACAAUAGUGAGAUUUUAACGCGGAGGUCAGUGCUUUUGGUCUCCAAAGAUUUUUUGUUGGGAUCAAAGGAAGAGUUGUCUCACUUCGUGCACUUAUUUCAAGUCCAAAACUUGUCUCGGCAGGAUAAGCAUGUAAAUGACACAUGGCUACAGAAGACGUCAUCAGCUCUCAAAGAAUAAGCAUGAUGUUUUGAAUGAAUACAACAAAUGAAGGUGAAAAAACCAAUAUUUUUGUCAUAUCUUUGCCUUGUGUUGUGUUGCUCUCUUAAUUCCCAGCUUCUGUGGUAACAAAAUCCAGAUGCAUUUUUCUUAAAAAUGAGUCAAAAUUGUAUUUAUUGCUGUAUAUAGAAUUCUUUUGAAAAUGCUUUUUUGAUGAUGUCUGCCAAAAAGUUCAGUGUCUUACGUUGUACUUUUGCUUUGGAGUUGUGAUUACAAUCAUGAGGGGUCUUGUUUUGUCAUGUCUAGUGACAGGUUUGAAAAGUGGUAAGGGGGGGUUGGCAACCAAAAGUGUUGGGGCUGAACUCCCAUGAAAUCAGGAACAUCCUGUCCAGUGCAUUUAGAUGUCAUGUCGAAGAAUCAAGAAUUUAUUGUACAUCGAGUGAUACGAAUGUAUUAUUUUGUGAGAAAGUUUUUGAUUUGUUGCUUGUUGAUGGUUUAUUAUUGACCAAUCAUGGCACUUGUUAUUGUAAAAGCUUUUCUGGUGAUUUUUGUCUUCCUUUUAAAUCAAAAUAAAGUGCUUGUUCAUUUGGAAACUUUUUGCAUCUCGGGACCGAAAUAGUGAAAAGUUGUAACCACAAUAUUUGCGCAAGAUGAUUGUCUUUUGUUGCUGAGCCCGCACUGCUUUAGUCAGAAAUCUUGGUCACCCACUCUUAAUAAAUGCAGAUAAAUUACUUAGUAAAUCGUGUUGUACAAAUGCCGAGAAGACAUUGGAGAGUUUUAAAUUUCUGCUUGCUGGCCCUGUAACGAAUUAUUGGCUUCACAAGUGGAGACUAAUGACUGUAACCUGUGUCAAAUGGAAGUGAUUAUGAUAUCAUUGAUGUUUUGUCGUAGUGUGAAUGAUAGUUUUGACAGUCGUCUCGACAAUUCUCUUGCCACAAUUCAUCGCUUCCACCAAACAUCAGCAGUAUCAUACAUUCAUUUGGAACUGUCGGUAUGUGCAUUUAGGAAAAACAAACUGGAUGGUAGGAGGCAUCUGUUGUGUAUGCUCUGUGCCGUCUUCAAGAUUCUAUGAUAGGGUGUACAUUCUCUGCUUGUCAAAAGUCAAGACUAUGCUCUGUGUGUGAUUACAGUGUAUUAAAUCUAUUGACCAUGUAAA